AUGGCGGACGACACGGCGUUCGAUGUUGUCGUGCUUGGGACGGGUCUGACAGAGUCUAUCGCUGCUGCUGCGCUCGCAAAGGCGGGCUUCAAGGUCGCUCAGAUCGACGUGAACGAGUACUACGGCAGCGAUCAAGCCAGCCUCGCCGCAGACGAACUCGCAACAUGGGCAGAUACACGACCAACCUCUUCUAGCGCUACGUCAUACUCAAUAUCACGCUCCGGCGACGUCCCGCCUUUCGCACGGCACUACUCGCUGUCUCUGGCGCCUGCAUUGUUGCCUUCAACCGGGCCCUUCCUCUCUGCUCUGAUAUCCUCAGGAGUCUCGCGAUAUGGAGCAUACCGACUUCUGGAGCGUGUUGCGGUAUUCGAUAAUGGUGCCCUACGUGCUGUACCCGCGAGCAAGGAGGACGUCUUCAAAGCAUCAGAGCUCUCGCUUCUCGACAAGCGCCGUCUGAUGCGCUUCUUGACAUUUGCCGCAGGCGAAUUCGAAGGAAAGCAGGAGUUGGCAGGGAAAGAGACCAUGCCCUUUGUCGAGUUCUUGAACUCUACGUAUUCGCUCGGCGACAAGCUCGCGCACGCGAUUGCGUACGCUCUGGCGUUCUGCGCGUCUGCCGAUGAGCCGACACUUCCAUCUCUCACUCGUCUUCGGGCAUACCUUCGCUCCUCCGGCCGCUACGGUCCUUCGCCAUUCCUCGUCGGACACUACGGCGGCCUCGGCGAGAUCGCGCAGGGAUUCUGUCGGGCUGCAGCUGUAGCUGGCGCCGUGUACAUUCUAGGACGCUCUUCGAUCGAUGUCGAGCGUACUGAGGAUGGGAGAUACUCGUUCAAACUCAACGACAUCCCCGACACCCUCACGGCCGAUAUCUUGCUGUCUGCGCCAGAUAUACUUCCUAAGAAUCUCGAAACGCCCCCACCGCGGGCGGACGGGGCAUCGCUUUCGGAGGUUGAGGCUGUCGCACGCGCCGUGCUGAUUCUUGACGGCCCCUUGGCGUUUCCUUCAACAUCGGCAUCUUCAUCUUCGGCGGCCGAAGAGACAGCAGAUGGCGUUGACGCCUGUGAAGAGGAAUCAGAGAAGACGGUCGACACGGUAGUAGUCGUCUUCCCCCCUGGUGCACUUCCGGGAGGGUCUCAGGAUGCAGCCGUACACGCUUUCAUAACAGGGCAGGGAACUAUGUCUGCUCCUGCGGGUAAAUUUGUACUAUAUCUCUCCACACCAGCGCCCGCCGGCACAGAUUCAGAAUCAGACGCGCGCUCCUUGCUGGCACCCUACGUUGACGCGCUACUUUCCACGACCCCAUCUCCACCCACCCGUUCGUUCGAGCUCUUCUACAUUCAACGCUCGUCUCUCGUCGCACCUUUAGAUGCAUCCGCCUCAUCAACAUCGACAACGACCCAAACUCUCUUCACCACACCCCCACUUCCUCUCCGCGGUCUUGCGACAGCACCAGACGCAGCCGCAACAAACGCCGAAAGUCUAUUCUUCGACAUUGCGCGCUCACUCAAGACCAUACGUCCUGAUCAUGCUGUCUUUACGCCGGCUGAGGACGGAGAGGAUGAUAAGGAAGAGGGUCAGAAAGCCGUGGAGAGCGAUGUGCAGGCAUCUGUGGGAGAGGCGGAGGGUGGGGCUGGGAAAGAUCAGUUUUCAGAGCUCGAGCUGAGGUUCUGGCCACCUGUGCCCACGCAGGAUGAGGACGAUGACGAGUUCUAG